AUGAACGAAGCAAGUAAGAAAUACCGAGCAAGGCACUGUUUUGUGACUGGUUGCACAAGUGGAUACCGAUCUGCAAAGGAAAAGCGUGCGUUGUUUUCGGUGCCAAAAGACAGCGGGCUAUUUGUCCAAUGGCAGAGAAAUAUACCUCGCAAAGACAAGGAACUGGAGGCCAAUUCUGUGGUAUGUGAACUACACUUUGACGAGCGUUUCAUCGAUAGGCAUUACGCAGGACGUGUUGUGAUAAACGGAGAAGUUGUGCAAAUGGGGAGGGAACGUCUCCGGCUCAAACCAGAUGCCGUGCCAACGAUUUUUCCAAAUUGUCCCUUCUACCUCUCUAAGAAGCUUCCACAAAAGCGUAAGGAACGCAACCCAGAGGGCUGUGAUAAACAACAGCCCUGCAAAAGGCAACGCACCGAUAACACUGUUGACGUCGCCGCUGUGCCCUCAGUGCUUUUGAACAGAGAGAACUACGAUGAAACGGAUGUGCCUGACGAAACAAGUAACCGAACGUCAGUGAACGUUGAGGUAGCUGCAUUAAAACUUCCAUCUGGUGUAUGGAUGCGACACAAUUUUGGCGAAACCACUGUGCUCUCCACCUCCGUGUUGAACAAAGCAGGUAACGAUCUUCUAACCGAGAAGCUCCUGAUCAUCAAAACAAGCUCUCCUGAGAAGACUAUACAGUGCGCGAGGUAUAUGAAAGGGAAGCUUCAUGACAAUUGUGACAUACAGACCAUAGAAGAGCUGCAGAGUCUUCUCAACACGACAGAUGAACUAACGCUUUGCAUUGGAUGCGGUGCAGUAGAUGAGUUUGUCCCUGUCAAUGUCAACAACUCAACCAUUGUGAGUGUCAGAGACGGUCAAGCAAUCAGCAAGAAAUGCAGUCGGAUUGUUGGAGAAAAAGGAAGUGCGUGUCUUCAUUGCAAGUAUGCAAGAAAGUUGCUGUUCACACAAAGGUGCAAAGCAAGAGGAAAAGUUGCACGUGAAGGCGUCACUCUUAAGAUGAUGAGGCAGCGCCUUAUGCGUAGGGACAAGAAAGUACGCCAGCUGAAAGAGGAUAUAUCCGUUCUGCAUGCAAACACAGCUGCAACUGAGGUUUCGGUGCUUGAGAGCAAGAUUAAAGACCUACCUCCCAAGCAGCAACUGGCAGUCAAACACUGCUUUCAGUCAGCUCAGCGGAAGUCCAACAAAGGGAUGCCAUACACAAAGGACUGGGUUCUUGAAUGUAUUAUCAUGAGGAUGAAGAGUCCUAGAUUAUACGAGCACCUUCGACGACAUAAAAUCCUGUGCCUUCCUAGCCCCACAACACUGCGUAGCUACUUGAAAAACUAUAAAAGUGGAUUUGGGUUCAACCCAAACUUAUUCUCUGCCCUUGCAAAAAAGACUGCCACAAUGCAGGAAUUUGAAUGCCAUGGACAAAGCUGUUCCAGCUGA